UCCGGGACAGAGGCGGCACUAGAACGGGCAUGACUUCCGGCGCGAAGCGCAGUCGUCGCACUUAUCCGGCCCAAUGGCGACUCCAGUGCUUCACACGCGGUUUCCAGGAGAUGCGGCCGCUUCGGCCUCUGCGGUCCAGACGCUGGGUGCGUCGAGGACUGGGAUUUCCGAUAUGCUUGCAUUAGAGAAUGAUUUCUUCAACUCUCCCCCAAGAAAAACUGUUCGGUUUGGUGGAACUGUGACAGAAGUUUUGCUGAAGUACAAAAAGGGUGAAACAAAUGAUUAUGAGUUGUUGAAGAACCAGCUGUCAGAUCCAGACAUAAAGGAUGACCAGAUCAUUAACUGGCUGCUGGAAUUCCGUUCCUCCAUCAUGUACUUAACCAAAGACUUCGAGCAGCUUAUCAGUAUUCUCUUGAGAUUACAGUGGUUGAACAGAAGUCAGACAGUGGUGGAGGAGUAUUUGGCUUUUCUUGGUAAUCUUGUAUCAGCACAGACUGUCUUCCUUAGACCAUGUCUAAGCAUGAUUGCUUCUCAUUUUGUACCUCCCCGAGUGGUCAUUAAGGAAGGUGACAUAGAUGUUUCAGAUUCUGAUGACGAAGAUGAUAAUCUUCCUGCAAAUUUUGACACAUGUCACAGGGCCUUGCAAAUAAUAGCAAGAUAUGUCCCUUCGACACCAUGGUUUCUUAUGCCAAUCCUGGUGGAAAAAUUUCCAUUUGUUCGAAAAUCAGAGAGAACAUUGGAAUGUUAUGUUCAUAACUUACUAAGGAUUAGUGUGUAUUUUCCAACCUUGAGGCAUGAAAUUCUGGAGCUUGUUAUUGAAAAGCUACUCAAGUUGGAUGUGAAUGCAUCCCGGCAGGAUAUUGAAGAUGCUGAGGAAAUAGCAACUCAAACUAGUACUGGAACAGAUGCCACAGAAGGCCUGUUUAAUAUGGACGAAGACGUAGAAACUGAACAUGAAACAAAGGCUGAUCCCGAAAGGCUCGAUCAGAUGGUACAUCCUGUUGCUGAACGCCUGGACAUCCUCCUGUCUUUACUUUUGUCCUACAUUAAGGAUGUCUGCUAUGUAGAUGGUAAGAUUGAUAUCAACAAAACAAAGGAUUUAUAUCGAGAUCUCAUAACUAUCUUUGACAAACUCCUGUUGCCCACCCAUGCCUCCUGCCAUGUACAGUUUUUCAUGUUUUAUCUCUGUAGCUUUAAAUUGGGCUUUGCAGAAGCAUUUCUGGAACAUCUCUGGAAAAAAUUACAGGAUCCAAAUAAUCCUGCCAUCAUCAGGCAAGCUGCUGGAAAUUAUAUUGGAAGCCUUUUGGCAAGAGCUAAAUUUAUUCCUCUUAUUACUGUAAAAUCAUGCCUAGAUCUUUUGGUUAACUGGCUACACAUAUACCUUAAUAACCAGGAUUCCGGAACGAAGUUGUUUUGUGAUGUUGCUCUCCAUGGACCGUUUUACUCAGCCUGCCAAGCUGUGUUCUACACUUUUGUUUUUAGACACAAGCAGCUUUUAAGUGGAAACCUGAAGGAAGGUUUGAGGUACCUUCAAAGUCUAAAUUUUGAACGUAUAGUGAUGAGUCAGCUGAAUCCUCUGAAGAUUUGCCUGCCGUCGGUAGUUAACUUUUUUGCCGCAAUUACCAGUAAGUACCAGCUAGUCUUCUGCUACACUAUUAUUGAGAGGAAUAAUCGCCAGAUGCUUCCAGUUAUUAGAAAUACAGCUGGAGGAGACUCGGUGCAAACCUGCACAAACCCACUUGAUACCUUCUUCCCCUUCGAUCCAUGUGUGCUGAAGAGGUCAAAGAAAUUUAUUGAUCCCAUUUAUCAGAUAUGGGAAGACAUGAGUGCAGAAGAGCUUCAGGAGUUUAAGAAACCCAUUAAAAAGGAGGUGGUGGAAGAUGAAGAUGAUGACUUUUUAAAAGGCGAGGUUGGGACCACACCAGGCUCCUUUGACACGCAUUUCCGAAGUCCUUCAAGUAGUGUGGGCUCCCCACCUGUGUUAUACCUGCCAGGCCAGUCCCCUCUGAUGGCAAGGAUUUGUGAUUGAGAUGACAUCCCGCCCCGUUGUGCCCUGCAGUGCCAGGGCUCACGCUGUUUGAGCGUCGCAUCGCACCAGAGCCAAGUACCUGCUUCUGCAGCUCACUUUGCAGUUACACCCACUCUAGUGUCUGAGCAGAUGUGGUUUCUUUUCGUUCCCGUACAGACAGAAGGAGAAGACUAUCAUGUGCAAUAUUUUACAAUGGAGUUGAUAAAUGUUGAAGGCUGGGGUUGUUUAUACUUUUUUUGUGUUACAGCUUUUGACAUAAUUAUUGUGAAAUAUCUAUGAUCGGCAAGAGCCUAUUUUAACACAUUGCAUUUUUAACACGGGUUUUGGUCAGAGCUAUCAUCAUAGGACUUUGUUGAUCUUCUUUUCAGUGAAAAUCCUCUAGGACACUCUUUAAAGUCUUCAGAAUGAAUUUAUUCUGAAUAUAUUGUUUGCCUUCUGCUAAAACUGUGUUUGUGUGUUGGGAUUUCACGGGGGUGCAAGGAAAAGUGGGGGAGAUGGCCAGAGCUGGUCCCAGCUGCUGGAAGUUGGAGCUAGCACUGAUGGAGAUGUCCAGGGAUGCCAGAGACUAAUAAAAGCUUGGAGGGAAGAGAUAGAGGGUUUAGGGAAACAGAAUCAGACAGAGAUCAGAUACUUGUGAGUGGAAAAAUGGAUUUAAAAGAAAACUGGAGUUCCAGGUAAAUGUAAUUCACAUGAGCUAAAAGCGGGGUUGGACUUUUAUAAAACACAGCACAGAGUAUUUCAUCCUGAGGCUCCUAAGAGUGCUGUUAAAACUGGAACUACUCGUUUAUAGUAGAAUAUUACAGUGAUUUUUUUUUUUUUUAAAUAUGAUCAUCAGUUGACCAGUUCUCAUUUUGAGAAUUUCUUGGGGAGGGCAGGGCAGGUUUUAGGUUAUUUGGUGCAAUGGUUUUGCUGGUAACAAUAGGCCAGGCUUACAGCUACAGCCUCUGUCUACUGGCUAUUUGUAUCAUGGAUUCAGCUCAGUGAAAUCCUUUGGCCAGGUUCUUUUUGUAUUUUUAUAACUAAAUACCAAGAGAGAAGAGUCUGAACGACCUUGCUUUAUAACAAAUUUGUAUAAACACUGCUAGAAUCAUUUUGUAGCUCAUCCAUAUUUUAGCUUCAUUCCUUAUUUGUGUACUUUUUUGUUACUUAUGAAAAUGGACAUCUUUAAACAUAUUUAUUUUUCUGCUACUUUUCCUAUUCUUUAUUUAAAGGCAAGUAAUAUUUUCUUGAUCACAGAUAUUUUGUAAUGAAAUACUUUGUCUUUCCUAGGGCUUUGUAUGCUCUUGUAUAAUUAUAUCGAUGGCAAUCUAGAAUUUGAAUUUUAGUCUGUAAAUACUUUUUUGGAAAAUAGAAAUUUUUAUUGGUUUAAAAAGUUUUGGAUAUUGGUGAUUUUAUUUUGGUGAUUUGGUGGAAAGUCAUUUGAGAACCUUUAGGUUCUUUGUUUUUUAACUGCUGACAGGUGAGAUUUUUGUAUACUGGAUAAAAUAAGUAAAUAGUUGACAGUAAGUGAGGUCUUUGUGGGUUGGGAAGUAGUUUUAAUGUAGAAGGAUAUAUUUAUAAAUAAAUCUAUUUAAUUCCAAAGGAACCUGAGAAAAAAAUUCAUUGUGAAAAUAAAACAAUGGCAUGGUUAAUCUGGAACUUUUGUUCUUAUACCAAUAAAGGGAGGUACCCCCAUAAAGAGGCUUCUCAUACAAAAGUCCUUUUGAUUUCUUUAUGUAUUUUUUACUGAUCUGCACUAAAGCACUAUUUUACAAUAGAAAACUGCAACUGAGAUUUCACUAUUAAAGAGGUAAAAAUAU